GGCUCGGAGAUCGAGAUGGCGGCGGCGGAGGGCGACCCUCCUUGCGGGCUCUGCAGCGCCUCCGCGGCCCCCUACACGUGCCCGCGCUGCCACGGCCGCCUCUGCUCCCUGCGCUGCUACCGCGCACACGGCCCCUGCGCCGAGGCCUUUUACCGCGAUCAGGUUCUUGAGGCGUUGCGCGCUGAGCGCGGUUCCCCCCCGAGCUCUGGGCUGCGCGAAUUACGCGAUCCUGGGGAUCCAGCGCGGCCUACAGGACGCGGGCUGUGGAAACAGCUCAGCGCGGCGGAGCGCGACGGAUUCCGGCGCCUGCUGACUUCUGGGGAGGCCGUGGCGCUGCUGCCGCGGUGGCGACCGUGGUGGUGGCGCGGGCGGGGGCUAGUGGAGGAGCUCGGGGACGGCUCGGGGCCCGAGGAUGCGGAGGACGGUAGAGGUCGGCCCGGCGCCGCGCCGCCCGUCCCGACCUCGGUGCCCCCGCUGAGCGCCCUGCGCGCCGCACCCCCGUCCCCCUUGGUGCGCUUCCAGCUGCCGAACGCGCUGUUCGGUUAUGCCUUCGCGCUGAGCUUGCACGGCGGGGACGAGGCGCUGCUCCCCGAGCUCCUAGACGCCGCCAUCGCCGCCUCGGCCGCGCUCCGCGACCGCCGCCCUUUCACCAGCACGGCCGAGGCGCUUCUGAGCGCCCGGCGCGACGCCCGGGCCGCGGGGCUACCCCUGAGCCCCCUUGGCGACAGUGGGGCACUCCUGGCCGUUGCACAGCUGCUGGAGGGUCGCGAUAGUACCGACCCCGGCGCCGACGUGGCAGCGGCUUUGUGGCACCUGUGGCGGCUGUUGAGGGCCGGGGCGCAGGCGCUGCCGCCUCCUGAGCGGAGCCGCUUCCGAAGGGCCCGCAGGAAGGUCGGAUUCCUGCUCAGCUGGAGCCGGGGGGCCACCCAGGAGCUCGCCCAGCUCGCCGGGGAGGCGCGAGAAGUUCACGCCGAAGUGGCCGCGGAAGAGGCGGCGGUGGCUGAAAUCAGGGAGGGGCUGGAGAAGGUCUGGGGAGGCCCCCGGCCACCCCCCAGGGAGGACCGGGGGGACCGCGCACUCUGGAUGGUCGCAGACGGGCCCAGAGUGGUCAGGGAGGGGGUUGAGGAGGCUUUCGGGGGUCCCCGGCCGUCCCCGGGUGUCGGUACUGGCACGGGGGGCCAGGGUCGGCGGCUGAUCGAGGAGCUGGACUGAGAUGGGGAGAUCCCAAGGAAAAACCCCGGGGGAGAAUCUGCCGGUUAAGGGACAGGACUGAUGACCUUCCAGAGAACCAGGUCUGGGAAAGCUGCUCGUUGAGGGACAGGACUGCUGAACAUCCAACGAAGCGGUGCCAGGAGUGACUCAUUAAUCGAUGGUGGAAGAGACCUGUCUCAUUAAGGGGUGGGACUAACUAGCAUCCAACACACCGAUCUGAGGAAUGGCACUCAUUAAUGCAAGGGAUUAACAAGACCCCCGAGGAAGUGCAUUCACAGAGAACCUGCUCAUCAGUCAUCCAGACUAAGGAAGACCCAAGGAACCACGGCCAGAAUCGCUCAUUAAGGACCAGGACUAAAGAACAUCCCACAAACCAGUCCUAGGAAUGAUGCCCACCAAUGAGUGGUACUCACUAAGGAUGGGACUAACAACUGGUGAAAUAUCAUUCGGAGAGGUCUUGAAUUAAUUAAGGGUCUGGGCUGCCAAAGGGCUGGUGAAAGUGGCCACAGGAAAAGCUGUGCGAUAACGGAUGGAAGUAACCAGGUCCCCAAGAAAUGGAAUCAGAAUUAUGAGACCCCUCUUCUUAAUGACUUGGCCAAAGAACAUCUGGGAAUGAACUGACCCCAAACAAUCCCCUGGUGCUAAUGAACGAGUGUGGGGGCUGAUUAAGGAAGGCGGGUGCUGAAUAAUGGAGGGGGCACUAAUUAUUAAAAAGGAGUGCUGAUGAA